GGUAAACAUUCGAGAUAUAAAUGCGAUUUAUUAUAGAUCAGCUGAUCGUUGACAGUUGUGAUGUUGACAGUAAUUGACAUUCCAUAGAGAGAAUCGAUCGUAUUGAAUAUACCAUAUUUUUGGGCAAAUAAGUUUGUAAUCAAAACAUGAGACAAUCACAUCCUGUACAUAAACUAAACAUUUCAUCCGAUAUAAUAGAUUGUUUAUUGGAAGAAUUUGAUGGAGUUAUUAACUCGAAACGUUUACGAUCACGGAUCGGUAAAAUUAGUGAAUUGAUUGAUGUGCUCUGGAAGAGGAACUCAUUUUCCAGUGAUCAACACGUUUCAAAUACGAUCUUCAAAUAUGUACGAACUGAUGAACAACGAGAUGUUAUACGGAACUACAUAAGCAUCUUAAAUUCCAACGGAAAUGUGGAUCAUUCGGGGAAUGUUUACGCCAAAAUUCGUCAGGAAUCAAUCAGGCAUUCAACACUACUUCCAACUGUUACAUCUCCAAAUAUUCCAGGUGCUUCUUCUGGUACCAACUUGAGGAAUUCGAGCCAAAACACUGGAGAUUCAAAGAGACGGCAUGAAACAUUCCGAAUCGUCUGUGAUAAUAUCGAUAAUUGGCGAGAUUUUGGGCGUUGCUUUGACAUAAAAGACGUGGAACUCAAUCAUAUUGGCCAGGACCAAGAGCUUCGUAAUGACAUCAAAUUAAUUACCAAUCGUAUUCUGGAGCGAAUGGAAGAAAAGCACAACGAUCAAUUCUAUGCGAAAUUAUGUGAUGCCUUGGUCGAAGCCAGGAGAAAAGAUAUUAUUAGGGAUUUGAAGAAAUUUAAAUUGAUUUAGACUAAGUUCACAUAUGACCGCAAAGUUGAUAAUGUAUUUGUUAAUUUUCUAAUAAAAACAAUACGAAUAAAGAAAGUCGCUGACGAAAAGAAGUUUUGGAGAACAAAAAGCAUGUAUUUUUUCUGAUGAAGUACACGAUUGUUGAUCGCAUCGACCAUUGAAUCAUUGAUGGAUUUGAAAAUAUUUCAAUUUGGUUCCAUGCAUUUUUUUUCCCAUCAU